CGAUUCCGCAGCGUUAGCCAGGAUGCCGGAAACUCCCGGUGUGCUUUCCAAUUCAGAAUUUUCUCUUAGGAUCCGAGACCUCAUCUUUAAAGAUUGCAAAGCCACAGUCGUCGCAAGGGGCAAAGAAGGCCGCAGAGGUUUCUUCAUCCUCCAACCUGAGGGAAUGUCGGGCGGAAGGCGAUAGGGUCCGGCCUAGAAAAGAGGUCGUGCGGCCCGCGAGCCCGGGAAGAAUAGAUCCUAGUGUUCCUCCUAGCCGUUUGCUUAGGCGGGCAGUGUCGCCGUCCGCCUUCUCGGGACACCUCGGAGCCUGGUCUUCCUAGCGCCUGUUCUAGCGGAUCCAGCAAGGAACGAAGCCAAGAGAAGCGUGUUGUGGGCAGGGGAGCUCUGACGGCGGCGCACCGGAAGCGGGACCUGGGGCGGGCCUGCGAGUGUGGCGGAGACGUGUCGCUCUGGGAGGCUCCGGCGCCGCUUCCUUAAGUGUCGGGGCUUGGAAAGCCGCGGCGGAGACCUCCUGUGUCCCGUCGCGGGCUCAGCCGAGCAGCGUGGGGCGGCGGCGGCGGCGGCAGGCUGGGCUGGGAGCGGGCGCCGGCGGGGUCCCAGCCAUGGCCGAGUCUGUGGAGCGGCUGCAGCAGCGCGUGCGGGAGCUGGAGCGGGAGCUCGCCCAGGAGAGGAGUCGGCGGGUCCCGGGGGACGGCGGGGGCGGCCGGGUCCGCGUCGAGAAGAUGAGCGCCGAGGUCGUGGAUUCCAACCCCUACAGCCGACUGAUGGCAUUGAAACGAAUGGGAAUUGUAAGCGACUAUGAGAAAAUCCGUACCUUUGCUGUAGCAAUAGUAGGUGUUGGAGGAGUUGGUAGUGUGACCGCUGAAAUGCUGACAAGAUGUGGCAUUGGUAAGUUGCUACUUUUUGAUUACGACAAGGUAGAACUGGCCAAUAUGAACAGACUUUUCUUCCAGCCUCAUCAAGCAGGAUUAAGUAAAGUUCAAGCAGCAGAGCAUACUUUGAGGAACAUUAAUCCUGAUGUUCUUUUUGAAGUAUACAACUAUAAUGUAACCACAGUGGAAAACUUUCAACAUUUCAUGGAUAGAAUAAGUAAUGGUGGGUUAGAAGAAGGAAAGCCUGUUGAUCUGGUUCUUAGCUGUGUGGACAAUUUUGAAGCUCGAAUGGCAAUAAACACAGCUUGUAAUGAACUUGGACAAACAUGGAUGGAAUCUGGAGUCAGUGAAAAUGCGGUUUCAGGGCAUAUCCAGCUGAUAAUUCCUGGAGAAUCUGCUUGUUUUGCGUGUGCGCCCCCACUUGUGGUUGCCGCAAACAUCGAUGAGAAGACUCUGAAGCGAGAAGGUGUCUGUGCAGCCAGUCUUCCCACCACCAUGGGGGUCGUCGCGGGCAUCCUUGUGCAGAAUGUGUUAAAGUUUCUGUUAGAUUUCGGAACGGUUAGUUUUUACCUCGGAUAUAAUGCAAUGCAGGACUUUUUUCCUACUAUGUCCAUGAAGCCCAAUCCCCAGUGUGAUGACAGAAACUGCAGGAGGCAGCAGGAAGAGUAUAAGAAAAAGGUGGUUGCAGUGCCUAAGCAGGAGACUGUUCAAGAGGAGGAGGAGAUAAUACAUGAGGAUAAUGAGUGGGGUAUUGAGCUCGUAUCUGAAGUUUCAGAAGAAGAACUAAAAAGUUCUUCAGGUCCAAUUCCUGAGUUACCAGAAGGAAUUACAGUGGCAUAUACAAUUCCAAAUAAGAGAAAUGCAAAUCAAAACCAACAAGAAGAUUCUGUACCUCAAGUUACAGUGGAAGAUUCUGGUGAAAGCUUGGAAGACCUCAUGGCCAAGAUGAAGAAUAUAUAAAUAAUGAACUAGCAUUUAUUUUAUUUUCUGUGUUUAAUCCCAUUGUUUAACUUUUAAAAAGUCCCAAACUAAUAAAACUUUGUGCAACAUUACUUGA